UCUCGUUCUUCGACCUUCAACUUCACGCUAACGGAAUCACCAUGAAAGUUGCAGCUGCUCUGAGCCUUUUACCAACCUUGCUGUAUACCAUGCCAGCAACCGCUCAGAACAUGUCCUAUGCUGCCGACAACUUCUACCGGAGUGACAGCGUUACUCUCCGGCCCAUUAGCUUCAAGAACCAAUACCAGAUGACUGUGGCUGGGAAUCUCUUCGUUCCCCACAACCUCACUGAGAAUGGGGGCGGUGCACCAGCCAUUAUCGUCGGCCAUCCGAUGGGCGCGGUGAAGGAGCAGAGCGCCAACUUGUAUGCCACCAAGCUCGCCGAGCAGGGCUUUGUCACCCUAUCGUUUGAUCAUCAGUUCUGGGGAGGAAGCUCCGGGGAGCCGCGCAAUGCUGUCUCGCCUGACCUGUAUGCUGAAGCAUUCAGCGCCGCGGUCGACUACCUUGGCACUCAGGACCUGGUCUCGAUUGAUCGCCAGCGCAUCGGUGCAGUGGGCGUCUGUGGCAGUGGUAGUUUCCUCAUCAGCGCAGCCAAGAUUGACCCGCGAAUCCGAGCCAUCGCGACGGCGAGCAUGUACGACAUGGGCUCCGUCAACCGGAAUGGUCUUCAGCACUCCCAGAAUCUCACCCAGCGCCAGGCUAUCAUUGCCGACGCCGCGCAACAUCGCUGGACCGAGCUGGAGGACCCAAGCCAGACGGAAUACACUAGCGGUACACCCAACGAGCUGAAUGCUGACACUCCAGCCGUCGCACGGGAGUUUUACGACUUUUACCGGACUUCUCGCGGUGAAUUCACCCCGGCCGGUUCGACUCCGGAGCUCACUACUCACCCGACCUUGACCAGCAAUCUCAAGUUCAUGAACUUCUACCCUUUCAAUGACAUCGAAUCCAUCUCUCCUCGUCCCCUCUUGUUCAUCUCCGGCGACCAGGCUCACUCCCGGGAGUUCAGCGAGGAUGCUUAUGCCCGAGCCGCUCAACCGAAAGAGCUUCUUUGGAUUCCGGGUGCCGGCCAUGUUGACCUCUACGAUCGCGUCGACCUCAUCCCCUUCACCAGGCUCACCCAGUUCUUCCAGGCCAAUCUUGCCAGCAAUGGCACGGGUGUGGCUCGUCGGGGCAUGAUCUAUGCCUAAUCGCUCCACACCUGUCUCAUGCGGUGGCUCGGUACCAAAUAGCGGUGUUUCGGGUUAUGACUCUUAGGGCUGCCAGACUUUUAGCACUUGCUUUGGCACCUGUUUUGGCACUACUCAUUGAUUACUAUGCAAGACCACUUGUAAGGCUUACUCGUGGGGGCUGAUUAAUGUGACAUACUACCACAAAUAUGGCUGUUCGAUAGGUAUACUCUCAUACAUAUUUUUCAUUCAUUGUCGGC